AUGGACAUUAUUCUGAAUCAUAUUAAAACAAUUUUUCUUUAUUUUCUUUCUUUCUUUUUUCCUUUUUGUUCUUUUCUUUUUUCUUUACCUUUUCUUAUUCUUUUUUACUCAUUCUUUUUUCCAUUUUUUCUUUUUAUUCUAUUCUUUCUUUUCUUUUUUUCUUUUCCUUCGUUUAUCUCUUUUUCCUUUUCUUUUUGUUCUUUUUCCUUCCCGUUUCUCGUCCUUUCUUUUCUUUCUUUUUCUAUUCUUUUCCUCUUUUCACUUUUCCUUUUUUUUUAUUCAUUCUUUUCCCUUUACUUCGCUUUUCUUUUUCUUUUUUCUUUACCGUUUCUUUCUUUCUCUUUCCCUCGUCAAGUUCCUCUCUCUCUCUCUCUCUCUCUCUCUCUCUCUCUCUCUUCUUUUUCUUUUCUUUAUUCUUCUCACUUGCAUCCAUUUUCUUUUUUCCUUUUUUGUUUCUUUCUCUUCCUUUUCUUUUGUUUUAUUCAUCUUUUCCCCGUCUUUUUCUUUAUUUCCUUACUUUCUUUCUUCUUUCUUUCCCUCUUUUUCUUCUUUCUUUUCUUGUUCUCUUCUUUUCUAUUUCUUUUUUCUUUUAUUUUUUUUGUUCUUUUGUCUUAUUUUCUUUCUUUCUCUCUAUUCUUCCUUGUCUUUACAUUUCUUCUUUUCUCUCAUUUUUUUAAAGGAAGAACCCAUAUUUACUUUGUUCCAUUCUUCAAGCACAUCCUCUUCCAGCCAACCCCUACAUCCCCCAUUUCCAUUGCUCGCCCACACCCCGUUUGUCCUCACGCUUUUCCAACUAUCCCUACCCAGAAAUCUUAUCUUCCUCCAUUUUCAACCACCAACCUAUCCCAGUCGUCGGUGAUGCAAGUUCAUGACUAA